GGCAGGCGAAUCGCAAGCGUUGUCGCUCCCAGAUGGGCAAGAAAGACAAGUCUGAGAAGAAGAAGGAGGUCGAGGACGACGACGACGCCGAGGACGGCAGCAAGAAGCAGGUCUUCCUGUCUCCGAUCGCCAGCCCACUUGCGGGCAAAAAGCUGACGAAAAAGGCGCUCAAGUGCAUCAAAAAGGCGUCCGGCGCCAAGACGCUGCGGCGCGGUGUCAAGGAGGUGGUCAAGGCGCUGAAGAAGGACACCAAGGGCUUGUGCAUCAUCGCAGGUAACAUCUCGCCCAUUGACGUGAUUGCGCACGUCCCGAUCCUAUGCGAGGAGAAGGCAGUGCCCUACUGCUACGUGCCUUCGAAGGAGGAGCUGGGGCAGGCGUCGCUCACCAAGCGGCCCACUUCGAUUGUGCUCGUGACGUGUGCCGCCGACUUCAAGGAGGCGUACGAGGAGCUGAGCGCCGAGAUGGCGGCGCUCGCGCCCGCGAGCAGUUAGCGGGAGCCGCAGCAGGACACGGGGCGGGGCACAGUCUGCAUGUGAGAGGGAGAACAGGGCUGGGGGCGGGGUCGCUCUUUGGCCUCUAAGAGUGUCGUCUGUCGAGGUCAUUGACAUUGUGGUGGCGGCGUUGGCGGAAGAGUGGGUCGAGAUGGUGUUUCGCGACCAAAAGCAGAACCGUCGUUCUGCCAGAAGCAGAAUA